AACUUUUUGUAUAAUCUUUUUGGGUAUCUGUGGGAAUUAUUCUCUAUUCUCAAACCCUAACAGAGCUACAGACAGUUGUGAACUGCCUCAUGGGUGACUGGAAACUGAAGUGGAUCCUCUGCAAGAACAGCAAGUGCUCUUAACCCCUGAGUCAUUGCUGCAGCCCGCUUUACUUCUGAUCUUUAUGAAACCAUUUAUAGUUUCGAGGUUAAAAACCUGAUUCAUAAAAAUGAGAUGAAUUUGUAAAUCAAUGCUCUACCUCUUUAUCUUCUUCAGCCAUUGCCUAUAUAGUGAGAACAGACUUAGGAUGUAGGUAUGAACAGUAGACGUUAAAAUGCAAGCAUCUCAACAAGCCUUGCUUUUCACACAAAGUGCGUUUUUUCAGACGAGGGCAUGGAAACUAGCAAGUAUUGGCACAUAAUUUUGCUGUACACCUUCCAGAAAAGUUUUAACUGAUGACUCCAUGCUCUGUUCUUUCCACAGAGAGCUGACUGAGAAGCUGUACAAGGCAACUGUGUACAUCAUUCUAAGGACUCCCUAGUAGUCAACAAUGUAGAAGAAACAGCUAAUGCAAAAGAUGAAAGUCAAAGUAGUGACACCGUGUACAAGGAAGAAUGUGGAGAAUCAUGUGAUGCUAAGAUCAAAAUUACACGGGAAGAAAAACAUCUCAUGUGUAGAAACCUGCAAAAUUCUAUUGUUUCUUACACACGAAGUACCAAAAAAUUACUAAGAAAUAUAAUGGAUGAACAGCAAGCAUCUUUGGAUUAUUUAUCUAAUCAGGUUAACGAGCUCAUGAAUCGAGUUCUCCUUUUGACUACAGAAAUUUUUAGAAAACAGCUGGAUCCUUUCCCUCCCAGGCCUGUGCAGUCACAUGGUUUAGAUUGCACUGAUAUUAAAGAUACACUUGGCUCUGUCACCGAAACACCAAGUGGUUUAUAUAUAAUCUUUCCAGAAGGAUCUAGUUAUCCAUUUGAGGUUAUGUGUGACAUGGAUUUCAGAGGAGGUGGAUGGACAUUGAUUCAGAAAAGGAUUGAUGGCACAGUUGACUUCCAAAGGUUGUGGUGUGACUACCUGGAUGGAUUUGGUGACCUUUUAGGAGAAUUUUGGCUAGGACUGAAAAAGAUUUUUUAUGUAGUAAAUCAAAAAGAUACCUGCUUCAUGCUGCAUGUGGCCUUGGAAUCUGAAGAUGACACAUUUGCUUAUGCAUCAUAUGAUAAUUUUUGGCUGGAGGAUGAAACAAGAUUUUUUAAAAUGCACUUAGGACAGUAUUCGGGAAAUGCUGGUGAUGCAUUCCGGGGCCUGGGGAAAGAGGAUAAUCAGAAUACAGUGCCUUUCAGCACCUCAGAUGUUGAUAAUGAUGAGUGUCGUCCUGCUUGCCUGGUGGGUGGUCAUUCUGUGAAGAGCUGCAGUCACCUGCAUAACAACACUGGCUGGUGGUUCAGCCAGUGUGGUCUCGCAAAUCUAAAUGGCAUCCAUCACUUUUCUGGAAAACCACGUGCAACUGGAAUUCAGUGGGGCACAUGGACCAAAAACAACUCACCUGUCAAAAUUAAAUCUGUUUCAAUGAAAAUCAGAAGAACCUACAACCCAUAUUUUAAAUAAUCUUAAACUGUAGUGUAAUUUCUAUAGUUAUUUUUGAAAAUAUGUUAAGAAUUUUACAGUUUGUCUUUUUACUUAGAGUUUAAUGUAUUAGCCAAAAUUUGCAUGUAGAUGACAUUUUAGUGUUAUGGGUUUAAUUAGAAAAUUUUAA